AUGAAUUCUCGGCCUGCCUGGGCGGCCGCUCCCACCCCACAGGGCACCCUCUCUGCCCUCAAUGCCACCGCACCCUGGCUCGGCCGGGAUGAAGAGCUGGCCAGGGUGGAGGUUGGCGUCCUGGCCACAGUCCUGGUGCUGGCCGCGGGGGGCAACCUGGCCGUGCUGCUGGUCCUGGGCCGGCCGGGCCUGAAGAGCUCCUGCGUGCACCUGUUCAUGCUGCACCUGGCCCUGACCGACCUGGCUGUGGCCCUCUUCCAGGUGCUACCCCAGCUGCUCUGGGACCUCACCUACCGAUUCCAGGGCCCCGACGUCCUCUGCCGGGCCAUCAAAUACCUGCAGGUGCUCAGCAUGUUUGCCUCCACCUACAUGCUGCUGGCCAUGACCCUGGACCGAUACCUGGCCAUCUGUCACCCCCUGCGCAGCCUCCAGCAGCCCAGCCAGUCCACCUACCUGCUCAUCGCUGCCCCUUGGCUGCUGGCCGCCAUCCUCAGCCUCCCUCAAGUCUUCAUUUUCUCCUUGCGGGAGGUGAUCCAGGGCUCCGGGGUGCUGGACUGCUGGGCUGACUUCCGCUUCCCCUGGGGGCCCCGGGCCUACAUCACCUGGACCACCGUGGCCAUCUUUGUCCUGCCCGUGGCCAUGCUCACCACCUGCUACAGCCUGAUCUGCCGUGAGAUCUGUAAGAACCUGAAAGCCAAGACGAAGGUGGGGAGGGUGGAAAGGAGCAGCCGGAGGACGUGGGGCAAGGCCUUACCAUCGGCCCCAGCAGCAGCCACUCAGGGGCGGCUGUCCCGCGUCAGCAGCACGGGCACCGUCUCUCGGGCCAAGAUCCGCACCGUGAGGAUGACCUUCGUCAUCGUGCUGGCCUACGUCGCUUGCUGGGCGCCGUUCUUCAGUGUCCAGAUGUGGUCUGUGUGGGACGAGAAUGCCCCGGAUGAAGAUUCCACCAAUGUGGCUUUCACCAUCUCCAUGCUUCUGGGCAACCUCAGCAGCUGCUGCAACCCCUGGAUCUACAUGUGUUUCAACAGCCACCUGCUGCCACGGUCCCUGGGCCGCCUGGCCUGCUGCAGGGCUGCCCGGCCCCAGCUUCGCAGACAGCUCUCCAAUGGCAGCCUGUCCAGCCGCCGCUUUACACUGCUGACCCGCUCCAGCUGCCCGCCCACCCUCAGCCCCAGCCUGGGUGGGAGGCCUGGGCCUGCGGGGUCACUGAAGGACUUAGAGCGGGAAGGUGACGAAGCCCCCACUGAGACCAGCACCUUUUAGAGAGGACCCCGGAGUCUGGCUCUGCCCCACGGGUCUCAUUGAGUUGCUAAGUUUCCUGGACUGGGUCCAGACUUGGGAUCCCGCUGGCCUCAGCCUCUUGGAGUGAGACAGCAUGCACAGCUGAAGGAGGAGCGUUUAAUGAGGAAGAGCGCGUGGAUAGGGGCCGCCCCUGCUCCAGCUGCUUGUCUCCGGAAGGAGAUGGCCUGGCGGAGACGCAGACUCAGCCCAGCACCUGGUACCUGGCAGGAAGUCCACAGACUGCGGUUCUUCUUCUCCAUGCCACCCGUCACAGGCUGGGUGGCAGGGAUAAGUGAUUCUCGUCCGCAGUGGUAUCGCCCACCGGGGAUGGGUAUGGGAAGAAAGAGGUAGAAAUGGUCCCAGUACCUCUGAGACCAGGGAUAAGCCUGGAGGUGGCAGGGGCUCAAGGGCCCCGAACUGUGCCUUCCUCUGGGGCUGCUGGACAGAGAAGACACCCUUGAGAAGCAAUGACCUUGGCUCGGUGUCCCAAGGCUCCGUGGAGUUUUCACUGUGAGUUGGCCCGGCCCUGGGCCUGAGGCAGGAGCCCGGGAUUUGCCCCUCAGCUCUGCCUUGGGGAGAAACUCUUUCUCAGCUCUAGCCUUCUGUGAUUUUGCAAAAUGGAAAAUCAUAUUCAAGUGGAGAAACACAGAGGGUGUUCUAACCCACAAGCUCAGAAGAAUUGCUGAAUUUUUAUGACAGUGACAUUUAUACCCUUUCAUUCAGUUCUGGCGACUGAGGGGCUGGCCACUGCCCUGCUGUCCACUUCCACCCUCGGCUCUGUGGUGCCAGCUCCUCCUCCAAGGGCGGAGAGACAGCAGAGUGCUGUGGAACUGGGGCUUUGUUCUCCUCUCCUCAUCAUGUCCAGGGAACUUAGGCCACGGGGUGCUUCCCUGCCCCGGCCUUCGUGGUGGCAAGAGCAGCUGCCAGAAGCGGGGGAGGACUGGCUCGAAGGUCAGGAAGAACUGUGGCUGUAAGUGUGGUUUGUUGCCCCAAGCUCUAGCAGGUGUACACAGUUGCUCAUCUAGCCAAGGGCUCCUGAGGGCCCGGCUCUCUCUGCCCCACCCCAGGGAAGCCUUGACAUGUGACGGUGGCUUGGCGCUCACUCUUCUUUAGGAGGCAACUCAACUCUAGGUUUCCUUGAAAGAAAAGCACCUGAGCCGAGUGUUGCGAGUGAGCAAAACAUCCUGAGCCUGCAGCGCUGAGAGCUGGCGCGUGGGACACAGCCCCUACUGGGCAGAUUCAGGUGACAGGAGGACCCAGUCUCCCCUUCCUUGGGCCUGGCGUCCCCGACACCCAGCCACUGUCCCCCGUUCACCGCCAGGCGGAGUGGGGGUCAGAAUGGCUUUUUACAUUGUUUGGUGUAGGCCAGCAACUUCCCAGAAGGCUCUGUCUGUGUUUUGUGUGUAAAUAGGCAUUUUUCUCUAUGAAGGGUCUAUAGGUUCAGCCCAGGCAGCAGCAGUUUGCUCCUGGGUCAGGAACCCAGAGAUGUGGUUGAAAUCGAUCAAUGAAAGUCUUUAACAUCCAGGAAAUCUGCGGGCUUAUUUGUUUCCUAAGGGCAGCGGUAGUGUGUUGUACAAGAUAAAUUGUGAUCUUCUUGAGGAAGGGGUAGGGUGAGACCACUUCCCCAGAGCCCGUGUCCAGCUCAAAUGGGAAAGACAGAGGGGCCUUGAGUUUGCCCUGGAGCCACAAGGUGGCAGUGUGGGGCUGAAAGUGCCCACACCAUCAGCCUGGGGUGGGCUGGGUGGCUUUGGGUAAGAAUCAGGAGGAAGCCCCUUCUCCAGCCAACACUGCUGAGAUUCAGUGUGUACACUUCACCUCUCCUGCAGGCCCGAAGCCUUUCCCUUAAAGAGUCUCAGUCCUUCAUUUGACACAGUUCCCCUGAGAUACCCAGACACCUGCUCCCUUCCCUUGAAGCACACAGAAGCUAGUGCACUUCGCAUGGACAGAGAAAAAGAGGUAUCUACAGCAGAAUGAAGGCUGAGUAUAGAAAUUCCAGCCUCAAAGGCAGUGAGACUUCAGUGUGAGUCUCAAAAAGCCAGAUGAAUCACUUACUUUUCGGUGUCCUGGUUUAGAGGUAGAGGGAAUAUAUCUUUUGAGACCCCUCUGAGCCCAGUGAUCCAUCCUGAUCCCAGGAGCAAAAUGAACCUAAAAUACCCCCUCACCACCUAAGUAGGUCUGGGUGGCUAAUGAGACAGAAUUGUGCUGCAGCCCCCAUGGUGGGCAUUUCAAUGCUUGUUCUUUUUAGGAAUUCACUAAAGACAAGUCACAUUCAUUGUGGUCUAGAGUCCCGGCUCACUGAUGGCAGGUAAUCAACUGUCUAUUGGAUGCCGGUAGCAAAUUAGUUUCCAUCUUAUUAUCAGGUAAUUUUGGGAAGAUUUCCAUCCAGUCCUCACCCCUGGAGGAACUUAGAGUGGAUCAGCAUAGUGGUUCCCUGGAGGAACCAAUGAUAAGUAACAUGGGAGAACAUAACCUCAUCAAACUGGAAACUGUUCCUCAAAGGGAGAUUAUGUAUCCAGGCAACUAUUCAGAGAUUUAUGCAGCCAACCCUCUAAGUGCAUGGAAAUAUGAGGAAUGCAGGGCAUUUUAUUGCAGCAAGCUGGCUGGAGAUGGCUUCAAAGAUUACAGUGGUCUUCCCUAUUCAUAGUUCAUAAAUUUUAAAUUGCUCACCUUUCUGAAUAGUGUGAUAAAACCCUGCACCAUCCUGCUCUCUCCUGUCUGCAACAUGAAUCAUGUUUUUGUCCAGUGUAUGCGUGCUAUAUAUGCUACCCACCCAGUAGUCACUCAGUAGCUGCCCUGGUUAUCAGAUUAACUGUCACAGUGUCACAUGCAUGAGAGAGAGAGAGACCUUAGCCACAUAACUUACUAUAGUACAUUGUUAAUAUUGUUCAAUUUAAUUAAUGAUUCCUAUUGUUAAUCUCUUAAUAUGGCUGAUUUAUAAAUUGAACUUUCUCAUAGGUAUAUAUGUAUGUAUAGGAAAAACAGUACACACAGGCUUUGGUACUGUCCAUAGUUUUAGACAGGGAGUCGUGGAAGUGUCUUCCACAGAUAAUGGGAACUACUGUUGUUUAAAUUUUUAGCUAGCCCCCAUCAAAAGCUUACAAGCUCAAAACCCUUAGGAGGCAAAAUCAGUUCCCCUUUUACUGAUCACAGCAUCUGAGGAGUCAUCUACACCUUGGAACCUCAAAAUUGUGUGAGUCAUUUGGUCAAGUCACAUUUUCAAUUUGAUUUUUAAACAGUGCUCUCCAAGAGUGCCUGCACCUGAUAAGCAGUUAGGGUGGCUGCUAGUGCUGCCCUCCGUGGUGGGUUUGCUGUAAAAUGCUAUCAUCCGGGACCUUACUCAGAUGGUCUGUGGCAUCCUACAGCCCCAGACUCGCUGCCAUCCUCUCCCUGCUCCUGAGCACCGGCAUGCCCUGAGCCCAGGCAGACUUUUCUGCACACUGUUCACGCCAGGACAGCCCUCACGUGCUCCCGGGAGCCCGCACUGUGGCAGACCUGUUCACUUUCCUUCUGCUUUUUGUCAGUUGACUUUCCACCCUCCUUUCUACACCAAGGUUAGAAAUAACCUCUGUCUGGGAUGUUCUCUGAAUAGGUCUGCCUCAUCAUUUCCCCAGAUCUAACCCUGUCAUUUCCUGCUGUUAAUCCCCCCAUUACAUGCUGUUCUGCAUAUGUUCUCCAGUUCUUUCCCGUCCCCCAACUAGGUCAAAAGCGUCCUAACUGCACCCUGAUGAUCUCUGAUGGCCAAGUGUUCUCAUCAUGCUUUCACUCGCCUCUCGGCCCCCGGGCCUGGCCCUGGGUCCGCUCCAGCUGUCCCCUCGCCUCAUGUGCAGCAGCUAUGGCAAUGUCCCUACACUGUCUCUCUCGGCGGCCCGUAUGGAACUUGUUGCACCUUUUCAGCACACUCUUGAAUGUUUUUUAGCCUUUUAAAAGAGAUCAAUAGGAAGUAGAAUUUAAUUUCUUGCUGCAAAGACAGCGUUAUUAUUAUUGAUGUUUACUCCUCAUUCUGCCUCUCUGAUCAGUAGAAUCUCUUUUUCUCCAUUAAGCAAAACUUUCAAGGAAGGAAUUAACAAUGGUAGGUGAAAGGUGGUGGUGGUGGUGAGAAUUUUCCAGAUCCUGAAAUCCAUACCAGAGCCACCACUACAGACCCUCCUGGGGGAGGAGACUGGGAAGCUGAAGGCCACCAGCGGCUCACAGCCCCAGGACACAGAUGUCAUCUAUAGCCAGCUCUGGGGCACAGCCGUGGAGCUCUCUAUGACCUGAACACCAUGGGUCUGGAUUGGAUUUGGCCAAGAGUAUUCCUGAGAUUUCAUUUUUUGGGGUGCGGUUGCUUAGUCAUGGUCUUACUUUGCUAUUGGAAAAAAUGUGCAUCCAAUCACUGCUUACUAUGCAUUAUCAAUAUUUUAAGUUCCUGUAGCUUUCUAGGGCUAGGAUAUCUGCAGUGAACAAUUUAUCCUCCUUUCAGUAAUGAUGGCUCUUGAUUAUUUAUUUUUAUUUGUUUUUGAGAUGGGAGUCUCACUAUGUUGCCCAGGCUGGUCUCAAACUCUAGGAUCCAAGUGAUCCUCCUACCUCAGCUUUCUGCAUAGCUGGGAUUAUAAAUGUGGACCCCUGUGCCCGGCUUGCUGUUUAAUGCACUGAUAAGAACUUCUAAACAAGCAAUGUUGGACAAUAAGCCAACAGCAGGGUUGUGGACAGUCUUACUUCGUUCCUGUUUUAAUGGGACUGUGUCUAGGAUCUUACACUUAAAUAUCAUGUUAUCUGCUGAUUUGGAGUAAACAAUUCUUAAUCAAGUCAAGAAGGACCUUCUUAUUCAUAAUUGGUUUAAAAAACCCCAGGAAUUAAUAUUGAAUUUUAUUGUAUUAAAUUUUGAAAGAUUUUCCUUGGAAUAACCAAUUGUGAUACCAGCUGAUACUGACUAGGAUUCUCUUUGUCAUUUUUGCUUAUAAAAAAAAAUCAGCAAACUCAAAGACUGAUUGAUGGUAGGCUUUAUAAGUGAAUUACUUGAAAUUGUGAAGGCAAAGCAGGAUUAUUCAGCAAAAAUACAACACUGAUAAAAGGGCCAAAGUGCAGGAUUAGGCAAGAGGAGAAGAGGAACCAGUAUUGCAACUCUACUUAAAAUCUUUAAGAAAAUUAUUUAUUGCAAAUA